ACGAUUUCAAACUUCUUCCGCAAUUUCCACAUCAAUUGCAAUGGGAAUCUGUGUAUCGCUCAACCGGAGAGACUCCGAUUCUCCCCCAACGGUGAAGAUCGUCUCCGUCAACGGCGAUCUACGCGAAUACAACGUUCCGGUGAUAGCAUCUCAGGUCCUGGAAUCCGAAUCAACGGCGCCAUCUUCCUCUUCUUCUUGUUUCCUCUGCGAUUCCGAUUCUCUCAAAUACGACGAUUUCAUCCCGGCGAUCGAGCCGGAAGCGCCGCUUCACGCCGAGCAGAUCUACUUCGUUCUUCCGAUGUCUAGACGCCGGAGCCGUCUAACGGCGCCGGACAUGGCGGCUCUCGCCGUGAAAGCGAGCGUCGCGAUGCAGAACUCCGCAGGGAGAGAGUUUCGCCGGCGUAAGAAGGGGAGGAUCUCGCCGGUCAUGAUGCUUACUCAGCCUAACGGUUCUGUUACUGCUGCUAACGGAAAAGCGAGCGAGUCAACGGUUAUGAAGGGAAGACCGUUGGUUAAGAAAACGGCGGCGUUUAAGGCUUCGAGCGGUUAUAACCGGUCCGGUUCGGUACGUAAUUUGAGAAGGAAUACUUCGAAGCGAGCAAAGUUGGCGGUUCGAUCGUUUAGGUUGAAACUCUCAACAAUCGACGAAGGGUCGGUCGGUUAAAUUAACGGAUUGGCUAUAAAUUAUAAUAUGUCUUUAAUAUAGGAAUAAACAAAUCAAGAAGGAAAAUGUAAACCAUUAUAAGAAAUUGAAUAAGCAUUAUAUUUAUUUGCAAUUUUGUUUUCGUUUGUUAAAGACUCAUGAGAUAUAGGCUCCGAAUGGUGACAGCG